AUGCAUUCAUCUUUGUUAUCUUUGACAUUUUUCUUACUGACAUCCCCACACAUCUCCGCAGCCCCAACGAAGCGACAAUUCGGACCGAACGGACAGUAUGGAUCACGAGGACCGGGCAGAGGUGGCCCUGGAAGGCCUGGAGGGUGGCCAGCAUGGAUAUCGCCACCAUGGGAAUCGCCAGCGUCAGACAACACGCAACCGGACCCAGCGCCUAUACCAGAACCAGACGCUCUUACAACUGAACCGAGCACAGCCUUGCCAGGCCUCGACCCACCAGCAACGACUACUGAUCAAUCUACAGAGCUUUCGCCAGUCCCAGCAACCAUAACAACAACGACACCGUCAGCCGCAAUCUCAUUACCACCAACAAGUUUCCCUGUAUCGUCGUUACCGAGUUUCGCUUCACCACAAGUGACAAUACCGUCGGCAUCUGGCGGUACAGUAAAUGCUGCAGUCCCUGAAACAACAGAGAUAAUAGUAGCAGCGACAUCAGUCGUAGCAUCAAGCACGCCAGGAAUCUUUGCGGAAACGCAAGGCGUCGUUGCUGCGCCGGAGACCACGCUCACCAACGGCUUCACGACUUUCUUCGCCUCAAGCAAUCCUGCCGCUUUCUCGUCCUCGUCCUCGGCCUUGGCGGCAUCGACAUUAUUGCCAUCCUCAUCAUCACCAUCAACUACAACAACAACGGCAGCACCAACAGCGGCUACGGUCACGAUCUCACCAUCAACAGCUGGGUCUUCUGGUGCUUCUCCUCCAGACGCGAGUGGUGGCCCAGGCAACAUGCUGAACGGCACAUUCCCGAACAACUCGCCGCCAACAUCGCCGCCUCAGCCGACUCCAGGCCUGAACGUCGACCUGUUGAACACCUUUAGCGAUAGCGCAUCGAUCAAUGUCUAUAUCUCCGCAAAGGAUAACGCUGGAAGAGUCAUGUUCCUCACCCCGUCGCAGGCAUGGUACUACCCUACAGCAUCGAGUUCCACCAUACCCCAGGCAAUUGAUGCGUCUCAAAUUACCAUCAAGCUUGGGCCGGCGGGCAGUACGACCACUAUCAAUCUCCCUGGUUACUUCAAUUCAGGACGAAUAUACUUCUCACGAAGCUCCUCGCUCGACUUCUUUACGCUUCUCAACGAUCAAUCCGGAGUGACCAUUGUACAGCCUGACGCUCUCAACCCGACGGACUCAGCCUAUAGUUCGGACUGGUCAUUCCUGGAGAUGACAUACAACGCAGAUGCUGGUCUUUUCGCCAAUCUCUCCUUCGUGGACUUCAUCUCUCGUUUGGCGCUGGCCAUGCAGCUCACUGAGUCGUCUGGAGCUAUUCAGACUGUCCAAGGCACAAGCAUCACAGGCGUAAACGCAGUCUGCUCCGAUCUUCAAGCCCAGGCCGCCAGAGAUGGCCAGGCGUGGGACAAGCUCUGCCAAAAUAGCGGCAAUACUACGGAAACAGCAGCCAUCGAUCCGAGUGCAUUUCGAGAAUACUGGGAUUCUUACGUGACCGCCGUUUGGACUAAGUAUGCCACCGAGGAUCUCCUUAUUGACACACAAACCGGCGACUACGGUACGGUGACGUGUUCAACAGCUAGUGGCAACCUCGUCUGCGCCGGCGCAUCCCGGCCCAUUCCAGCACCGCUUUCUACGAAUUCCCUCUACGCCGCCUCGAACCCAGCUCUCGACAUCUUCGGCUGCAGUGGUAUCUUUACCUCGCUCUCGACUGACAAUGGUGUGGACCUUGCCAUCGUGCCCCGAGUGUGUGCCGCACUAAAUCGCUCGAUAUUGCUGCUGGACAAUACGACCCCAAUCGCCACUGUAGGAGCCGACAGGUAUUAUACUGACCAGACGACGAAUUACUACAGUAAAUUCGUGCACGAAGCGGAGAAGGAUGGCAAGGGGUAUGCUUUUGCGUAUGACGAUGUGACACCGACAGGGGCUGGAGAUGUCAGAGGAAAUGUUGCGGGGAGCGUUGAUGGAGGCACAUGGAGGGUGUUUGUGGGUGGCGAGCAGGGUAGUUGA